AUGCAUCGACUUUUAGCUGAGUUUGAGCCAUCUAUAACCGCCACCGAGCAAAAACUGGCUGACCGAGUUCCAUAUAUCUUGCGCUCAAAUAUAUUUAAUGUCGCUGAACUCGAAUGGCUACGACCUGAGGCUGUUCCCUCAUCGGAUGAAAAUACUACGGCUGAAGAUGCGGUGCCACAACUUGCAGAGUAUCCCGCAAACGUAGAUGCCGCCGUGAAUACCCUAGUUGUGGUUGAUUCAGACGAUGAUAGAACAGUCGCUCAGGAACUGGAACUAAAGCAAAUGAGGAGUACAUUGGAAGAGGCGAUUGUGGAAACGCGCAGUACGCCUCUCGAAAAUCGACCGCGACUUCCCCGCAUUCCCUGCAAGCGGAAUCGGGCUAUCGUGAGAGCUCUGAACCCAAUGCUGGUGACCUAUUUGGAAGCCAGCCGGGACCUUUGCAAGACGGGCUACUGA